GUAAAUAUGAGAUAUAUUAUACAUACAUACAUACAUAACAUAAAUCUGCAGCGAUCAUAAAUCGUAGCCGGAGACGAAGGACCAAGAGCAAUCAAUCCGCACUCACUCUCCAUCCUCCAUCUUAUCUUCAGAUCCCUACUUUGAGAUGGCAGGGUCCGGGAGUUCGAUGUUAUCUUCGUUGCUGUUGUUCACUGUCAUUCUCUCCCUUCAGGAGAUGUACAGGGGCAAAUUAGCUUCUACUGAGCUGUUUACGAUUCUCGGUGGUUUCACUAGUUCUCUCCUCUUUCUUAUGUUGCUCACCUUCAUUGGAAACUAUCAGGAAUCUAGUGGCGUCAAGACUGGAUGGGGUGCUGUGAUACUUUCAGAAUUAAUUGCGCUCAUUGCUGCUGGGACCGUCCAUCGAGUUUGUAUCACUACUUGCUUCUUGUUUUCUGCAGGGCUACUAUAUGAGGUUAACAAGCUUUCCGGGAUGUCAGUUGCCAAAACAGAAUCUAAAGCAAGAAGGUCCUGAACUUUCCGAUGUGCAGGCCUGGGCCUCUCUACUUAGGAUAUGAUUUCCUUUAGUUAAUGGUACUUUGAUUUGUGCCUGAGAAGUACUUUCGUGAGAUCUAUAGACAAAGCAAAUGUUUAGAUUAUUAUAGGAUGAUUAAUUACAAAUGAAUGAGGUUGCCAUGUCCACGAGCUCUGCCCAUUCUUAAUGUUGAUUAAUCUGCAUAACUAGCAGUGUUCUACU